AUGACUACAUCGACCUCGCCGCCUGCGCCGCGUUCGCGUGACCGGCGCCGGCGAACGCCUACUCUGAUAACUGGGCGGAUUACGCCGUCGGGCUCACUUGUUAGGUCCGAGUCCUUGCCCGAUCAGAACUUCAGAAGAGUGGCGCUGGGCGGAAAUCUGGAAGAAGGUAAAAUUGUCCGUGUCAAAUUUGGAGCAAAUAUCGACGAAAAGGCAUUGGUGGUGUUCUUGAUGGAAGGUGAGAUUGCUGGUGUUGAUCUCGAUGUUUGUAUGCUCAAACCUCAUGUUCCCAAAGAGAUGACAAGGUAG